CCCACAUGCAUGCUAGCGAUCAAACGGGGUUCUUGGUUGUGGUUGCUACCAGCUCCGCCCUUGCACAGGGCAGAGAGGGCAAGGGACGAUAAAGUGGGAGACAGAGAGAGAGGAUCUACACCGCGGACUCCAGCCUUCCCAGCCCCUCCCCUCGGGCUUUAAUAAACCUCAGUCCAGCCCUACUUGCAUCUGCUAGAGACUGAACAGGAGGAUCCACAGUUAGUUCAUCGGCAGCAAGCUUCCACACUCCUAGCCUUCUCCAUGGCUGCUGAGCCGUUGACAGAGUUGGAGAUAGCUAUUGAGACGGUGGUGAAAACCUUCUUCACCUUCGCUGUUCGAGAGGGGAAGAAAGGCACCCUCAGCAUCAGUGAAUUUAAAGAUCUGGCCACCCAGCAGCUGCCCCAUCUGCUCAAGGACACAGGCUCCCUGGAUGAGAAGAUGAAGAAGCUGGAUGUAGAUCAGGAUUCCGAGCUCAAGUUCCACGAAUACUGGAGGCUUAUUGGGGAACUGGCCAGGGAGAUGAAGAAGGAGAAAGCGGCAGAGAUGCGGAAGAAGUGAAGCUGGCGGAGGAGGGAGAAGAGGGGAAGGGGAAGAAAUGACCCUCGUCCCCCUAAUAAAGUUGUCUUGAAAUACAA